AUGCCAACUGGUGGCGGUAAAAGUCUCUGUUACCAGUUACCAUCCCUUGUGGGUAAAGGUGUCAGCAUUGUCAUAUCACCACUGCGAGCACUCAUUCAGGAUCAGGUUGAACGCUUGACUUCCUUAGAUAUUCCAGCAGCUUCCCUGGCUGGCAAUGUUAGUGAAGAUGGAAUGCAUUCUGCCUACAUGCAGUUAUCAAUGAAGGAGCCAGGUUUGAAACUUGUUUACACUACUCCAGAAAAAAUUUCUGCAAGUCUUAAAUUAAUGUCCGUUUUUGAAAAUUUAAAUAAGAGAAAUCUACUUGACCGAUUUGUCAUAGAUGAAGCUCACUGUGUCAGUCAGUGGGGUCACGAUUUUCGGCCCGACUACAAACGCCUUUGUCUGCUGCGAGAGAAAUUUCCCAAUGUCCCUAUGAUGGCACUGACUGCUACUGCCACACCUCGUGUACGUAAGGAUAUUAUACAUCAACUGCGAAUGAAAAAACCUAAAUGGUUUGUGAAGAGCUUCAAUCGACCAAAUCUGAAGUUCAUUGUGGAGGAAAAGAAGCCCAAAUCAGCAGUGGAUGAAGUUGCUAAACUCAUUCAAACCAAGUACAACAACAAAAGUGGCAUUGUCUACUGUCUUUCAAGAAAGGAGUGUGAUGAGGUAGCCAAAAAUCUGUGUAAAAAAGGUAUCAGAGCUCUGCCAUAUCAUGCAGGCCUAUCAGAUAAGCAAAGAAUUCAAGCUCAGGAGAAAUGGUUGCAAGACCAAUGGAAAGUUAUCUGUGCCACCAUUGCUUUUGGAAUGGGCAUCGACAAACCAGAUGUGCGCUUUGUAAUCCAUUUCUCCAUGCCCAAAUCAGUAGAGGGCUAUUAUCAGGAAUCUGGCCGUGCAGGACGUGACGGUCUCUUGGCUUUCUGUAUUCUUUUGUACAACUACCAAGAUGUAAAACGGUUGCGGCGUUUAAUAGACCUGGAUACUAAUGCUUCUUACGAGGCUAAAAAGGUGCACAUUGACAAUUUAUUCCAGAUGGUGCGCUAUUGUGAAAACAAGGCUGACUGUCGACGGGAUCAGCUUUUGCAGUAUUUUGGGGAAAAGGAUUUUGAUCGUGAAUACUGCAAUGAAUACCCUGGUGCAGUUUGUGAUAACUGUUCAUCUAGUGUAAGUUUCCAUAUCCGUGAUGUUACUGAGGAUGUAAAACACAUAAUUCGUUUUGUGCGUGAGAUUUGCCACCAAAAGAAAUACAAUUGCACACUGAUCCAUUUAGUGGAGGUCUUCCGAGGCUCUCAGAGCAAAGCAGUCACUAGCUUGUGCCAUGAUCGCCAUUCACUUCAUGGACGAGGUAACAGCUAUGUCCUCCAAGAUGCGACCCGACUUCUGCGUAAGUUGGUUAUAGAUCAGAUUUUAGUUGAAGAACUUGUUGUUACAGCUAUGGAUCAUACAGUCUGCUAUGUAAAACUUGGCCCACGUGCUAAAGAUGUUAUCGAAAACAAAAUAAAAGUCAAUCUUCCAGUUCACAGUGGCAAGAAAGCUACUGUCACAAACACUGGUACUGAAUCUGUAACCGAUCGGAAGAAACUUAUGGACGACUGUUACCAGGAACUUGUGGAACUGGCCAAACAGAUCGCCCAAGAACGUCACAUUACAAACUAUGCAUCUGUCUUUCCGAAUCCUAUGCUCCUUUCUAUGGCUGCUGAAGUUCCUCUUACUGUUGAGGAGAUGCAGGAUAAGAUUGAUGGAAUGACAUUGCACAAGAUAAUGAAAUAUGGAGGUGAGCGCUUCUUGGAAAUUACCAACAAGUAUUGCAUGAUGUAUGCUAAUUUAGAUGAACCAGAACCAUCUACCUUCAGUCAGGAAACCAUUGAUGAAUGGGAAUCUCCUUACUUCAAUUCAUCAACUUGUAAAAAACGAACAGGUACACCUAGGAAGAAGGGCUAUAGACGGAAACGUAAUUACAGGAAGAAAGCAUCUUCCAAAGGAACAACUAAACGACGGAGCACAGCUUUUAAAGCAGCAGCGGCAACAGCAAAAAGUUCUUUAAAUAAGUUCAAAUAUGCACGAACUGGUACAAGUUGCAGAUCUUCAGCUUCAAGCAAACUUGGUUUUAUGCCUGCACCAACUUUAAAACGUUCAUUCCUUGCUUGA